AUGUCGAUAGUGGCCCCCACAUCCCCUAGUCUGCGUUCAGAGGUCUUCAAGCCUUGCAUCGAUGACAAGGACCUGGCCUUCUGCCUCAACGAGGGCGAGUGCUCCAUCAUUGAGACAGUAGCAGGAGUGCACAGACACUGCAGGUGUAAAGAGGGUUACCAUGGACUACGCUGUGACCAGUUUGUACCCAAGACGGACUCCAUCUUAUCUGACCCAACGGGUGAACUGGGCAUCGAGUUCAUGGAGAGCCGUGAGACUUACCAGAGACAGGUGAUGUCCAUCUGCAGCAUCGCCUCAGGAAUCAGUUUUCUCGGGGUGGCGUGCAUGGCUCUCUAUUGCCGCAACAAGAGACACAGGGAAAAGCUACAGACGCAAUUCUCUGAGAGCUGGAACCUGAGGGAGUGCGGAAUCAACUCCUCUGGGCAGAUGUCUAAAUCUUGCCCCAGGCCUCAGAGCGGCCUGCAGCUUCAAAAGUGCUGCAAAUCUCAUGGGUCCUCCCCUCCUAAAGGGGACAGCAGUCUGCCAGCUGGCGCACCCACAGCAGCUCCACCUAUUCUCAACAGAGCACUCUCCAAAGGGAAACGCUUCAGGAGUAGCUCCCUGUCCCUCAGUCCAGUCCAAAGACACUGGGACACUCAUCACAUGAGGACCCCGCCCAUCUCUCGAGGACUAAGGGUUGCUAGCCCCGCAUAUAAGCACCUGGAGGAGGUGGAGUCUGCAGAGAUGGAGGCAGAGUCUUUAAGAGGGUUUGACACUGGAAGGGGUGGAGGUGACGAUCGCCAGCACAGCGGGUUCCCGAAUAUGCAAACCAUGUCUCGUUCUGCAGAGAAGAAGGGAUGGAGGGAUGUUCCCUGCACCCGUCUUGACAGAGGAAUAACACCCGCUCCUCCCUCUCUCCGCACGCACUCCGUCCCCAUCAUCCCCUCUCUCCAGGAACACGACCGCGAGAGGGGUCACGUGGACGGGAGCAGGGAGAGGGUGUCGCAUGGAGGAGGUCUUGCCGGGCCAGGUUACAUGGCGCAGGCACCUGCCGGUAGCAGCAGCCACACCCCCCCUAACUCCUCCACCUCUGUGUGUGUACUAGAAUUAGAGGACAGACCCAGUCAUGUGCGUCCCUACAACAUCAAGACUGCACUGGUGUCAGAGACAAGCCCUAUUCACACGCACCAGGGCUCCUCUGAAACUCUAGUAGGGCCAGGGGACCUGUUCCAACACUCUAGCCUUGUGGCCUCUGGGACAGCAGAAUCCGGAUCAGGUGUUGCCGGGUUGAACAGCACAAACACUUUUAUUGCUGUGACCGUGCUGGAGUCCAAGAAAAAGAGCAUGCGGUAUACACCCAGACUGCUCUACAGCUUUCCCAAGAGCAGGGGUCCUCAGGCAGGUGUCCAAAGAGAGGCCCAGGGGCUUGGUAAACAAAACAUUGCCCUGGUGAAUGGAGGGGCAAACAGCUUCCUGUCAACAGUGGUGGGAAAAGGUGCUGGAAUUUCUUGUGCCAAACUUUUUGCCAGCUGAUUGGAUUAUUUCUUGCCAACUUGCAAGGAGAGACUCCGCCCACCUGCAUCGAUGACACGGGAGGGGGUAGAACCACCUGCUUAACUAAUUGGCCCCUAGUUUCUGUAAAAGAGCCACAGCAGCCUGGACUGCAGAGAGGAAUUUAUUUAUACAUUUAAGACACUGAAAACACACACACAUGUAUGUGAAUAAUGUGAAACAAUGCAGACAGACAUAAAGACCAGUGGGAGCUUGAUAUAAACGUGUAUUUGAAAAAAAUAUAAAUGAUUUAUAUGCACUAUUUAAACAAAGCUUCUACUUAGAAAUCAAAAUAGUGUGUCAUAUCUAUGUUGUUUCUCUAUUGUAAAGAAAUCAAAUUAUACAUGUCAUAUGUCCUAUAAACAUAUAUUUGACAUGAUGACGUGACAAAAUAAAGACUACAGU